AUGAGAGAGAUCAUUGUCGAGCUCGACGAGGCGCACGAAAUGGAGGCUGGCGAGAGGUUGAACGCAAAAUCCACGGCUAGCCCGACAAUCGAAUUGAUCGGUCCCAACAACCCGGAGAUAGAUUCUGCAGACUUGGCGAAGGCAGACAAUACCCGACCGAAGCUGCGUCGAUCCGAAACCUUCGAAGAGGAGAAAAAAAGGAAAUAUGAUGAAAGGUGGACGUUGCGGCAUGCAUUCUAUGCAAACAUGGGUGGCUUCCGGCUGAGGGACAGUACCGGCCAGGUGUAUAUUGUCACCGCCAAACACAUCAACCACCUCGUUCGGAAGAGAUACAUCGAUGUGCCCAGGACAACCCCCUUGGAAAUCAAUGACCGCAGCAAGUCCGACAGCUUGGCCAAAUUUUUGGCCAUCAUGCAAGUGGGUUGGCUCGCCAUACAGGUGAUCGCCCGGACCAUUCAAAAACUGGAAACGACCACGCUGGAGAUCACAACUUUAUCAUUUGUGGUCUGUACCUUGGGUACUUUCAUCGCGUGGUAUCGGAAACCAUACGACGUGCAAACUUUUGUUGUGCUCGAGAUGCCAGCCUAUGCGAUUGAAGAGAUCGACUUGAAAUUCGUCGAGCGGAGCGGCAAGCAGCGAGAUCUGCUGGAGGAGUAUAUCGCAGGACAUCAAACGAGCAAAGUGGUCGAUAACAAUGGCAGGCUUCUGGCGCCGUACAACAAGCUGACAAUCAUCGACGAUGGUCUCCCGACAUUUACCGCUUCAUUCACUGACCUAUAUGGGCAUUUCUGGGGACGCAAACCGUACGACGCAAACCGAAUCCGCAAUGACCGCCUGCCGGUGAUGGAGAAGCCGGUCACAAUUGUCUGCGCCAUCACCACGCUUGCUUAUGCUGGUCUCCAUAUUGCGGCAUGGAACAUACCUCUUGCGACCAACAUGGAACGAUUGCUGUGGCGAAUCUCGUCCAUCGUCAUGAUAUGUUGUGUUGUCGCUUGGUUCUUCAUGGACCACUUCGAAGAGUUCUUGGCCCAUAGAAGAGCUAAGAAGGGCAAGGUGACCGACGGAGUGAUUGUUCCUUGGUGGAGGAUUCCGGCGUCGAUUGUUGUUGCUAUCAUUUAUGGCGUGUCCAGGCUCUAUGUUCUUGUAGAAUCUUUUGCGGCGUUGAGAUGGAUGCCGCAAUCAGCAUACGAACAAGUGAAUUGGGGCAGAUGGGUGCCGCAUUUGUGA